AUGUUCUCGCUGGGCACUAGGGGCAGCGGCGGUUUACCAGGAAGCGACGGUGACCCAGGGGAAGAUGGCCCCUUAGGAGUCCCGGGGCUCAUGGGAGAGCCUGGAACCUUCGGACCAAAGGGGUCCAAAGGCGAUGGUGGAGUGAGGGGCCGCAGAGGGAGAGAGGGAGCCAUGGGAGGGGGAGGAGAAGCAGGAGACCCAGGAGAACAUGGGAAGCCUGGUCCCAGAGGUCUGCAGGGGUCCGUGGGCUCCAAAGGAGAAGUGGGGCCUGACGGUGAAAAGGGAGCGAUUGGGAGAAAAGGAGUCAAAGGAGUCAAAGGAGAAAAGGGAGAAAGAGGGAACCAUGGAGACAAAGGACAACGUGGGCCUAAAAGUACAGCAGGACCUGCCGGCUCUGCUGGUCCCUUAGGGCCCCCAGGGAUCCCUGGUUCCAGAGGAGAGAGAGGCCCCAGCGGAGACCUGGGACCAUCAGGGAGACCAGGACCCAAGGGUCUGCUCGGAGCUGCGGGUCCCGCUCUCUCAGAGGAGCAGGUCCUGCAGCUGUGUAGGGCGGUGGUGCAGGCGCAGAUGGCCCAGUACGCUGCUCCGAUCCGGGCCAAGUGCUCCCAGGGCUGUCCCAUCAACAACCGCACUCUCAUUGGACCUCCAGGACCUACAGGACCCUCAGGGACCACCGGGAAACAGGGUAAACCAGGAAAAGCCGGAGCCAAAGGAACCAGAGGAUCUCAGGGCGUCAGAGGCCUGGAGGGUCAGACGGGAACGACCGGGGAAGCAGGUUCUAAAGGAGCCAAAGGAGCGAGUGGAGAUCCUGGUGCAGGUCUGAGCGGAGCAGACGGACCACAGGGACUCAGAGGUGAACCCGGACACGCCGCUGAGGCUGAGGAGGGAGCAGAGGGUCCACGAGGGUCCAGAGGGUUUCCUGGUCCUGGGGGGGCCACGGGUCCUGUGGGGGUCUCAGGGGUCCCAGGCAUCUGUGAGGCCCGAGACUGCAGCAUCUACGCCCCCGUGAUGAGGAAGGAGCAGGGCCUGGUCAAGUCCCACACCGGAGCCCAAAUCUGA